GUUCGUUGCUCCUUUAAAAUGGUCUGAAAGAACCUCAUUCUCAAUCCUCCUAUCUAGAAGUCACGAUCAAUAGAUACGCAGUCAAGCAUGGCACUCAAGGAAUUACUCAUGUUCGUCACCCUCCUCUUCCUUCUCCUCCGAGCAGCCACGGCGAACCACCGGCACGAGAAUGUCAUCGACCGGUGCUGGCGUGGCCAGCCUAACUGGGCCACCGACCGGCAGCGGCUCGCCAUGUGCUCCGUGGGCUUCGUGGGGAAGAUGCGGCAGAACCGUGGCCACGGGGUGACCGCGUACACGGUCACCGACCCGAGCGACGACCCCGUGCGGCCCCGGCCCGGCACGCUGCGGUACGGCGCGACGGUGCUGCCGGGGAAGGUCUGGAUCACCUUCCGGCCGGGCAGCAUGCACAUCAGGCUGGCGCAGCCGCUCUUCGUGAAGAGCUUCACCGCGAUCGACGGCCGGGGCGCCGACGUGCACGUCGCGGGGGGCGCUGGCAUCGUGCUCUACGAGGUGAGCAACGUGGUCAUCCACGGGCUCCACGUGCACGGCAUCCGCGCGCAGCCCCCCGGGCGGGUCGUCCGGCCCGGCGGCGCCGUGCAGAACAUGGACGUCGGCGACGGCGACGCCAUCCGGCUGCUGUCCAGCUCCAAGGUGUGGAUCGACCACAACACGCUGUCGCGCUGCGAGGACGGCCUCCUCGACGUGACGCUCGGGUCCACGGACGUGACCGUCUCCAACAACUGGUUCCAUGACCACGACAAGGUGAUGCUGCUGGGCCACGACGACCAGCACGUCGCCGACCGCCGAAUGCGGGUCACCGUGGCGUUCAACCGCUUCGGGCCCAACGUGAACCAGCGCAUGCCGAGGAUCAGGCAUGGCUACGCCCACGUCGUCAACAACUUCUACGACGGGUGGAGGGAAUACGCCAUUGGCGGGAGCAUGGGCCCCACUGUCAAGAGCCAGGGCAACCUGUUCAUCGCCUCCACGGCGGAGAGUGCCAAUGUGACGAGAAGGAUGCCGGUCGGACAUGCCGCCGGGAAGGACUGGCAUUGGCACUCCAGUGGGGACUCGUUUGAGAACGGCGCCGUCUUCAAGCAGACGGGCAGCAAGGUGCGCCCGAAUUACAACAAGCACCAGGCGUUCCCGGCGGUGAGCGCCAGCGAGGUGAGAUCGCUGACCAAGGACGCCGGUGCUCUGAGGUGCUCCGCCAGGGCCGCGUGCUGAACGGAGAGGAUAAAGACGUCCAUUGGAGUGUGUUACACUUUGAAUAUAAUGUACUUGCUGAUGGAGCUUAUAGCUGUAAAAAUGGCUGCGAUUUUACUUCCUUUGUUUCUUUUUACUCCGCAUAUUAGAUUUGGCUCAAGUCAAAUUUAUAAGUUUGACCAAAUUUAAAGAUCCAUAAAACCAUUUAAAUAUUACUAUAUGAAAGUAUAUGCAAUGACGUUCUAAUGAUAUUGAUUUGUUACUAUGAAUGUUUUACGUUUCUUUUUAGUAUUCCCUUGCGUCCCUUGCAAGCUCUUUUACCAACCGCUAACACGAUCUUGCCUUCGCAUAAUUCCUCGAGUUCACCAUGGAAAACCAAAGAAGCAGUCGUCGCUUUAACUGGAUUCUCGAAUAGAAAUUUCGCCUCUUUUGUUUUGGGGUACUACCGCCUUUCUUUUUCUCGGUGCACUAGAAGAACGCUGAAGGUAUGGACAGAAGAGACAUCCAGUGGAUAGCAAACUGGCUCACACUAAAGCAAUCUGAACGAAUAAUACAGAAUGACUCGGCGCUUCCAUAUGUACAUGUUUAACGACGACUAAGGGGAAGCAGAAUACCGACGACCCGACGGAAAAAAAAAACACAUACAACACCACUCUAUCAAAGUACAGCACUGUCAACAAUGUCAGGUCGCUGCAGAUAUGUGCAUCUCGCUGUUCUUUUAACGGAAAAUGUGAAAAA